CGCCCGGAGCUCCCAAAGCUCGCCGGGGAUUGGUUCGCUGGGAAGAACCAAUCGCGACGCGACGCCGUCGGGCAUGCGUAGGACGGGCUCGGCGGCUUCGGUGACGGGCGCCGCCGCCAACUCGGGCAGGCAGCCGCAGCCGCCCAGCAGCGGCGGGGAUGGGCGCUUCAGCGUCCUCACCUGGGCGCAGGUGCAGCGCCUGGACCAUAUCCUCGAAGAAGCGGUGCCCAUCCACGGCCGCGGCAACUUCCCCACCUUGUCCGUGCGGCCGCGCAGGAUCGUGCAGGUGGUCCGUAGCCGUCUAGAAAAGCAGGGCAUCACCGUCCACAAUGUGAGGCUGAAUGGCUCGGCAGCAAGCCACGUGCUGCAUCAGGACAGCGGCCUGGGCUAUAAAGAUCUGGAUCUCAUUUUUGGUGUAGACCUGAAAAAUGAGGAUGUCUUCCAGCUGGUGAAAGAUGUAGUGAUGGAUUGUCUCCUGGACUUCCUCCCAGAAGGGGUAAACAAAGAUAAAAUCAGUCCCAUGACUCUGAAGGAGGCCUACGUGCAGAAGCUAGUGAAAGUGUGCAACGAAACGGACCGCUGGAGCCUUAUAUCGCUGUCAAACAAUAGCGGGAAGAAUGUGGAACUCAAAUUUGUAGACUCUCUCCGACGGCAGUUUGAAUUCAGCGUUGAUUCUUUCCAGAUAAUAUUGGACUCGCUGUUGCUCUUUGGGGAGUGUUCAGAAAACCCGAUGUCUGCAAACUUCCACCCGACUGUCACUGGGGAAAGUAUGUAUGGGGACUUUGAGGAGGCAAUGGAUCACCUGAGGAACCGGAUCAUUGCCACCAGGAAUCCAGAGGAAAUCAGAGGUGGUGGGCUUUUGAAGUACUGCAACCUCCUCGUCAGGGGAUUUAAGCCCCGGUCAGAAGUUGACAUGAAGGCGCUACAGAGAUACAUGUGCUCCCGGUUUUUUAUAGACUUUCCUGACAUCGGAGAGCAGCAGCGGAAGCUGGAGUCUUACCUCCAGAGCCACUUUGUCGGCAUGGAAAGUAAAAGGUACGAUUGCCUGAUGACCUUGCACCGAGUGGUGAAUGAGAGUACAGUGUGCUUGAUGGGACACGAAAGGCGGCAGACGCUGAACCUCAUUGCCAUGUUGGCUGUGAGGGUCCUGGCGGAGCAGAACAUCAUCCCGACUGUCACAAAUGUGACCUGCUACUAUCAGCCGGCACCGUACGUCAGCGAAAUCAAUGUCAACUAUUAUGUAACCCACAUGCAACCCCUGCUGUCGUGCAGUCACUCCUACCCAACUUGGCUCCCCUGCAACUGAGUGCUGAAAAGGCUCCAGUCGAUGUCCUCUGGGGAGCAGAGGUUGUGUGCUCGGAAGGAGAAGGAAAAAAGAAUGCUCUUGAGUGUCUUGCUCCUACAUUGGAACUAAGUCUGCUGUAUAUUGUGGGAAAUUGUGCAGUGUUAUGAGUAGUUACCAGAAAUGUUUACAGUAAGAAAAUGCUUGAGUUAUGUAUGGGCUGGGUGGAUAGGAUUAGGUUCAAGGUAGAGCUGCACUACCUGAGAUGCAAGCUGAUUUUUUUUCCUUUUUCCCUUUUUGUACAAGAAGCAUUAAGGGCUGUGCAGACUGUUUCUGAAGAUAUGCCAAAGUGGCCGAUUCCUUUUUAAGGGACCAAAGAAAUCCUAUUCAAGUGCCUGCAACCAAAAAAUAAUAAUUGUACUGUAACCUUUAUUAAUAUAUAUUUUUGUAGGAGCAGAACUCCCUGUUAGUACUUCAGUUUGGGUUGUCUGCAAAUAAUUUGGGGGUUGGGGGGGUCACCCAAUCAUUUCUGUCAAGGGAACUGAAGUGGGCAGGGCCUUGUGAGAGCAGUCCCUGCCCCAUGGCUUGUUCUCUGAUGGACCAGCAGUAUUGAUUAGCAGCCAGAGCAGAAUUGGCAGAAUUUGACAUGAUGGGUUGUUGUACCAAAUCAUCAUGAAGACUAGAAGAGGAAUAGGACCCUGCACCCAAAUUAUUACUCUACAAAAUGUGCAGUGCCAAAGCUAAGAGGGGACUUCAUGAAGGAAAGGAUCUAGAUGAGUCUUGGCGAUAUCAAUACACCCUUUUGAAGGGAAGGCGUGAUAAUUGGAGUGCUCUGUGAUAUUAAAAAGCAGCCUAGCUGGCUAGCAGCCAGUAUCUAUUGGUGGAAACACAAACAGUCAUGGGCAGAUGGAUCUGUUCUUGGUAGCGGUUGUGAAGCUAAGGUUAGGUCAUGGGCCGAGAGCUCAAGGAAACAGUGGCAGAUGCUCUGACGUUAUCGCCAGCCCUGAGAUCUGCUUUUCUUUUCCUUGUUGGAAGCCUGCGUCCACCUGCUCCACAUCAGAGUGAGAUAAUACUUUAGCCUAGCAAGAGGCUUCUUGUUGGCAAAACAAUCGCUAUGGGGAAAUUCCCCCCACAAGUUUGUGCUUUUUCUGCAGUGUAUGGGAGACCAGGAGAGAGGUCUUUUAAAGCCAAACUUCUGUACCCAUGAGGCGCUUGGUAUCUUGUACAAAAUACAUGAGCUUUUGAAGUAACUACUUAUACAGCACAAUAGUCCUUUUUUUCCGGAUGUUUUGGAUUGCAUAGCAAUUCCUUGUGCAAUAUGUCAGUUCAGGCUGGUUCUUCAUGCUUUUUCUUAGGAAGCUAAGGCAGUGAAUACUUUAGCUUUUUUGGCAGGCCUGCUCUGAAAGGGCUACGUGAAAAAUGCUUCAUGGUGUAUCCUUGAAGGUCGAUUUAUUUACUAACCUGUUUCUUUGCAAUAACGCUGUACCAUAUUGGGGCAGGCUGAAAAAAAAUGAAAUAAAAUAUCAUACUUGGAUUGUGUCUAGGUAAAAUUCUGCCUCUUCCUGGGGAAUGUGAGCUUGGGCUGGCAAGGCUGACCCAUUUUAAAUCUGCUGCCCUCUUGACAAAUACCUGCUCCAACUUUUCCCAUUUUGACCUUCCGCAACUCUUCCUGGCUGGGAAGGGCUGACUGCUCCCUUACGAGAGGUCCUACACUAUGUAAAUAGGGAGUUCCCCUGAAAUAUAUAAAUGAUUCUUGAAGACAUUUCCUCUACAUACCAGUGAAUUCUUCCCUGCUCCGCGAUGAAUGUGGCUUCAGUGCCAAUUGAGCUUUCCUUUUUCCACUUGAAUGCAAGGCUGCUCCUAGGCUUUCCUUUGGCAGCGUUUCAUUAGUUCACAUUUAAAAGGGGUUUGCACUAAAGUAGCACAGCUGGCUAGCUAUCAGCACUUUUUUGGCUUGUGGGAAGCUUAAGGAUUAGAAGAACUGCCUCUUUACAAAGGUAGUUUUUUUAAAAAAAAAAAACCAAAAAAAAAAACCUGCCCCUAAUAAUCAAGGGCUUGCUGGAGGAAUAUUUUUAUUUUAAAAAAGCACUUUUUGUGGCAUGGGGGAUAUAUGUUUGUGUGCGCGCGUGUGUGUGUGUGGUGAAAUUCUUACAAAUGGAGGCUGCAUCAGACAUAUGCUGUGAUCAUGCUGUUUACUUUGUAUGCGUGAGGAUAUCCUAAAGAUUUGAAGAGUUUGACACUUUGAAUGGCACUUCCAGACGUGUGUUUGAAUGUGUUCUGCAGCAAUCAAACCUGUCAUGCAGUAGGCCUGACAUAAGACUUGCUAGAUUCUUUAGAAUCUGUCACCAUAAAUAAAUACAAUGUAUUGAACUCUG